AUAGAGUCGCCGGCGGGGGCUUUGAUAGGAAAUGGGCAGUGACCAUCAGGAGAAGCGUUGGACGCGAACUGAUCAGAGAGCCAACGAUGAGGAAACCGCAGAGCUGCACAGAGGAGCAGGAAGUCUUGACUUGGACUCCAUCUCGGUUCAACUCUCCUCUUUCCAUGCCAAUGUCCAUUAUGUUGUGACGAACGUCUACUCUGUUUCCAUGCCUGACAUUGUCUCUCUUUUUUUCUUCUGUUUUUGUUCUACUUUUUUACUUUCGCUCUCCUGCUUCAUUGCGCAGAGGCCGUUUCGUGCCAAACUCCUGGCCGAACGGGAUUUUUUUUCUCUUCUAUCGCUCUGCGAAUUAGCGCAUGAGAUUGGACAACUGCUCGGAGCCCUGUCCAUCACCGGCGAACCACCAAUUCUACAGGUGCCCCCCGCAAGACACUUCCCUGUAAUCUCACACCAGCCAACGCGGAGGACUGUGUACAUCUUGCUCUGCGUCUGCUCAUCACCCGAAUUUCGCAUUUCGACUCAAAACGCAAGGGAAGAAACAUCCACCGCUGGCCCAACGAACUUGAUACAGUUGAUAUCGCAUUACUUUUCUUGAGCCACCCAAUCGUCUUCCGUCGCUCUCUCGCAACAAUUGAUUUUUUGGGACCGUUCCUCAUUUGAUGCAUGUCAUAUCUUGGGACGCUCAAACCACGUUGUCUAUCGGUCUGUUCGCUAGGAGGAAAAACACAAAAAGCAACGACUUAACCGCCGACCCAAACCGACCCCAGAUCCUCCGCCGAUACAAGACAUCACUUCUUGAGACCUCGAAUGUCUUGCUAUUGAC